AUGACAUCAGCUCACACUCUCAAACAACCACUGAACCUUGAGUGGGACAAAAUCUGGGACGAGUGGAAAGCCAAACACAACAAAGAAUAUGUUAAGGUGGAAGAAGUUCAAAGAAGGAGCAACUGGGCAAACAACAUGAGACUGAUCGAUCAACACAACCUGGAGGCGGCAGAGGGCAAGCAUACCUACAUCCUGGGAAUGAACCAAUUUGGAGACAUGACCUCCCAAGAGUUCAAUGCCAUGCUGUCUGCCAGUGCUGUUGAUGAGAGCAGCUUGGAUGAGAUACCACUCUCAAAGUUAAAUGAGUCUAAGAAAGAAUCUCCAAUCCCAAUCCCAUGUGCUUGGGAUUGGAGAAAACAUGGAUGUGUGACCAAUGUGAAGAAUCAGAGGAAAUGCGGAUCUUGCUACGCAUUUGCUGCAGUUGGAGCCUUGGAGGGUCAGUGGUUCAAGAAGACUGGCAAGCUAUUGUCUCUGAGUGAGCAGGAGCUGGUGGACUGUAGCAAGAGCUACCAAAUGGGAUUUGGGGGCUGCAAAGGUGGUUCUGUGGAACGAUGUUUCCAAUACAUCAAGGAUCAUGGGAUUCUUUCUGAAAGCAAAUACACUUACACAGCUAUGGAAGGAAAAUGCAAGAAUCAGAGGGUAAAAAGGGAUGUGUGGUGUAAAGGGCUUAAGAAAGUUCCUCCUAAAAAUGAAAAAUCUAUGAAAUACACACUGUACACAGUUGGCCCUCUCGCUGUGUCUUUGAACGCUUCAAGCAUCCAUUUGUAUAAAUGUGGAGUCUUCUAUGAACCAAAGUGUUCCACCAAAACCAACCAUGCUGUGCUGAUUGUUGGCUAUGGCAAGCAGCGUCAUGCCAGGGGUCGAAAGUACUGGAUAGUGAAAAACAGCUGGGGUCCAGGCUGGGGCCAGAGAGGCUAUAUUCUGAUUGCUAGAGGAAACAAUCAGUGUGGCAUUGCUUCUAGGGCAAUGUACCCAAUUGUAUAACAUGUGCAGCACCAGUUGAAUGGUUUCAAGAGUUUUUUUGUUUGUCAAAUGAAGUUCAAAAUCAGAAAACCACUCAACUUUGCAAAGGUGCAUUUCCUUUUCUUUUAAAAGUAUUUUUUUUUGUCUAGCUUGGCAUAAUUAAACAAUGGCACACUCCACAUUCUGCUAUGUACACAGUAAGAAGUGUCCAUCUACUGUAUUUUUAAAUAAGAGAAAUGUAUUCCCUGCAUUAAGCAUGUCAUGUUUUGAAAUAAAGCAUUACUAAAACAAUUGAAAUUCCUUUCUAUUUGAUCUUAUAGCGUGAGUACAGUA